GGGUUGGGGUACACCAAGGAGACAGUGGCGAGCUAGGUCAGAACCGGCUGUAACCGACCAGAUGCCGCUGCUCGGCCUUGACAAGAAUUCUCAGGCUAGAAGCAUCAUGCCCCAUCACCCACAUUUAUGGAAUUGCCUUGCUGCCCUACUGGGUGUCUUCCUCAGCCUGGACCCGGUCACGUGCCUGGACACAUCACAGUCUCGACCCAACUUCCUCUUGCUCCUGGCAGAUGACCUGGGCAUCGGGGAUGUUGGCUGCUAUGGCAACAGCACCAUCAGGACCCCGAACAUCGACUGACUUGCAGAAGGUGGUGUGAGACUCACUUAGCACCUGGUGGCUGAAGCUGUGUGCACACCCAGCCAGGCAGCUUUCCUCACCGGGAGGUACCCCAUCCG